AUGCGGGGGCCGUCGUACUCAGAGGCUCAAUUGCUGGCCCUGAAGGAGUCCCCGCUGGUGAAGAAACCCGAUGGCCUGCCGUCAAUCUCGCAAUGGAUGGACGUGCCUGUCGAUCAAAAUGCCAAUAAUGGCCACACAAGCAACAAUAACAACAACAACAAUACCAAUACCAACAACAACGGUACUAUGCGUCGCACUCGAGGUGCACGGGAGGGAGAAGGCGCCACGGCAAACGACCAGCGACCGCUCCACAAUCCCAUGGGCCAGUUUGGUCGGCGCCAGAGUAUGCAACCCGGCGAAGAGACUGUGCUCGGCCCGCCAAAGCUAGCCUUCCUCUCAGCCCGCACUCCGGCCAAAGCAGUGGGUGACGCAAAGGAACGCACCGGCCUCACAUCUACAGACGGAGACAACGGCGGAGAUCGCUUCCCAAAGAACGACCGAUGGACGCGGGACCGUGAGACUGAUCGGACCCGAGAUAAGGGCUACACCAAUGGACGCCGCGCCCCGCGAGAUGAUGGUGAAGGCUGGACCAAUGUCAAAGGUCGCAAGAGCCUGGGCCAGGAAGACUUUGAGCGCUUCGGCCGCAAUGGUGACCGCAACCGGGAUAAGCAUGAGGGUGACCCAGAGGCUGAAGCGGCCCCGCGUCGUAAUACCCGUGAUCGAAAUGAGCCGCGAUGGGGGCGUCGUGACGAAGGUAGAGAUGAGGGGGCAAAGACUGGCGUCCAGGGCGGUUGGCGCGAACGCGAGCGAGACCGGGAGCGAGACAAUGGCCGCGAGUGGACCCGUGGUAGUGCGGCCCGUGGUGAGGAUGACCCGGAGUGGAUGGACGCCAAGGUGGAGAAGAAGGAAUUCAAACCUCGCACACAAGAAGACUUCCAGCGCUGGAAAGAACAGAUGCGGGCCAAGGACACACCAGGUGGUGACAAGGACGAGCCGAGAGAGGCUCCUACAGAGAUGCCUACUGCAAGCGCUAUCACUGCGGCCCCCAUGUUAACUGCGCCUUUGCAUACACCUUCUGCUGGCGAACCUACUCAAGGUAUUCUCUUCGGAAACUGGGGCAGGGACAAGUCUGCAGAGAUGCCACCUGUAGAGACUAUCUCAGCCAAACCAAGGGCAGACAAGAAGUCGAGGUUCAUGACCAUGUUCGCCAAACCCGAAGAGCAGCAGGCAGCACCGAACCAACCUCCGGCACAACACUCUGCAUCUCCUGCACCUCCCAUGGAAGCAAAUGCUGACAAGGAAGGCUUUCAACGCAUUCUUCAGAUGCUCGGUCAAGUCAGUACAGGUCCAUCACCAGCUCCACUGCCACAAACAAAUAUGCCUACGCCACCAAAUGGCAUGAGACAGGGUGGUGGCAUCUCCUUAGAUUUCCAUCAACAAUCUCCUCCGCCAGACCCACUACAUGGCAGAAUACCACCACCGCGAACUCUUGAGCAGCAGAGUAUUCUGGAGAACAUCUUGGCUCCUCGCCCUGCCGCACCAGAGUCUCGUCCAUCGCAGCAGCUUCGCUUUAACAACAUGUCAACAGAGAACCUACACUCUGAUCAAUUCAGACUUCCCCGUCCCGGUUCCGGUCACCCUGAAGACCACUUCCCUCAUCAGCCACCCCCACCACGAACCAUCGCUCAAGAUGCUAACCUCACCGCUCUCCUGAAUAGCCGAGCAAGGGAAGAAUCACAACGUGAUCAAGCGACGAAACAACGUGAGCGUGACUUUUUGCUAAACCUCAUGCAACAGCCUUCUCGCGGCACACCGCCUCAGGCACAAGGUCACGGUCUACCUCGCCCGGCCCAGGAGAACCCCAAUAUGGCUUUCUUUGAUCAGCAAAGACAGCAACCGCAACCACCGGCUCAGCACCAGCCCAAGGGCCGCGGUGGUCUUCCACCAGGGUUUAUGGAAGAUCCUCGCAUGUUUAAUGAAAGCGAAAUGUUGCGUCGAGAGGCCGCCGAUCGCCGUGAGCAAAUGGAGCUCCGCCAAUUGCAGCAAAUGCAGCAACAACAAGAGGCCAUGCGCUCGAAGAAUCCGCGCAUGCCCAUGGGAUUCCCUGGCCCUGAAGAUGCUCUCAUGGGCCUUCAGCGUCGUAACACAGGAAGCGAUCCUCGCAUGCCUACCAACAUGGGUAUUCCUUCACAGCCCACACCCGACAUGCAGUAUAUGGGCGGACGAGGCCAGCCCGGCAUGCCACCCACACCCCAAGAGCGACCAAAUAUUGCUCCACCACCGGGCUUUGGAGGUCCCAUGCGUCAACCACCUGGUCUUGGUGGCCCCACUCCUCCACAGAUGGGUCCUGGAGGACCAAGUUUCUCCGCUGGCAACACACCGCUUGGGCACCCUCCUGGAUUUCCUCCCGGUGGCAACAUUCGUGGAUUAGGAUUCCCAGGCGGACCCGGUGGGCCAGGAGGUCCAGUAGGACCUGGUGGCAACGGCAUGCAAGGUCCACCCGGCUACUUUCCACCACCAGGCUAUGGUGGACCACCGAUGCCAGGUAUGCGUGGUGGUGAGGACCCGAGAAUGAUGUUUGACGGCCAGUUCAACGGGCCUCCGCGACAACAGCCAGGCCGUCCGGGACCACCCAACAUGUACUAA